AUGGCAUCCCAGGGUUCCGCCAGAGACUCUACCCCUGUUUCCUUUCCUUUUUCUCCAUCUGCUCCUACUUUUUUGUAUGCGACAAAUGGGCGUGGGCCCUCAGAACCAGAGAAAAGCACCGAAGUAGGUAAUUGCAGCAGCAGCUCGAGAAUCGUUAGGAGCAAACGCAGCAGCGACAACAGCACUACGAACAGAGAUAACACCGAGAUAUAUAGCGAGAUGGGGGCAGAGGCAGUUAGAGAUGUCUGCUCUUCAGAAUUGAAGAAGAGGAAAGAAGCCACUCCUUUGCUUUGCACUGCUGAAAGCUGUAACCUAGCCUUCCGCAAGAAGACAUCGCUAGAGCGGCACAUCCUGUGCCAUUCCGACCAGCGCAGUUUUAAAUGUGAAGACUGCGGCGCCGCUUUCAAAAGGAAAGAACACCUCAGCAGGCAUAAAGUCCUACGACACAAAACCCGGAGUCCACCAAGUAUGAACACUUCAGGGGCUUCCACGGAGUGCACCGAUCCGAAUGGGGAACUCCGGAAGCCAGAAGCACCGCAAAAUUUCGAAUGCGAGCAUUGUGGGAAGGCAUUUUUGCUGAACUACCACCUGAAGAGACACCUGAAAACCCACAUGCUACUAUACAAAUGCCGAGGAGUCUUAUGCGCUGUGAAAGCGCAUGUCUCGUCGUUAGGCUCUAAAGCAGCGAAUAAACUGGUACAAGUUAUACCUGUUCUUUCCGUUUGUUGCUUCAGAACUGUGUACGUCGAGUUUCGCCCGCAAGAGGCAGUUGAAGAAGCAUAUGCUGCUGCAUUUGGUUGCCCAGGAGCAGACAGGCACCUGUGGCAAAGCCGGGCACAUGCGGACAGGCAAAGCGAUACAGAAGCAAAGACCAGCGUAGUGGCCAGCUGGGCGCAUGCAGAACGGGGAAAAGGAACUCAUGAGGAAACGAAGUGCGACGUCGAGGAGGGCAGAGAAUUUCCGAGUGGCAAAGAUGCUACAAACGAGGAAACGAAGCUGAGCACGCCGCUGUUUCUUGGAAGGGCAGACCACCAACCCUAUGCUGAGAGCAACAAAAGCUUGCCACCUUCACCAGGACAGCCAACAGCACCAUUUAGCUGCCCUCAUCGCGACUGCGGGAAAGUAUUUACAUCACUGGACACGUUGUACAGGCACUUGAGAAGGGCUGCACAGAGAAAACGCGACUACGCCUGUCCAGUGUGCGACGCCACUUUUCUCGUUUUCUCUGCCCUUGUAGCGCACAAGCGCUCUGCCCACUCAAGCAAGCUCCAUAGCUGUGAACAGUGCGGGAAGGUGAGUGCCAGUAAGUGUAUAAGGAUGUUUGAAUUUUAUGCGCACCGCGGAUAUGCAAGCAGGUCAGCAAAUAGUUACGUAGAUACCAUAUGGUGUAUGGAUAGCUCAGGAAACAAAGCAGUUAAAGAGGGGAAGAAAAGUGAAGUCGCGACAAAAAUUUGUAAUGUCUUUUUUGCUUCUUUACGUCGCCUUUGUGUUAUUGCAAUAAAUGCGAUUCAGGCUUACACCCGCGCAGAACGUCUGAAGGCGCACAUAAAGGUCUGUGUGGUUACUUUCAUCUUAUCAUUGAGUUCAGUCAUCUGCUUUUUAUGUGCUAGGAAUUGGUGA